GCCUGGGUGUGAUGCGUGCACCGGCAGAAUCGGCGCCAUGGCUGCUGCCACCCAUCGUGCUGCAGGUCGUCCACUGCUUGUAUGCAGCCAAAGACGUCAUGGCCUUUCUGCAUGCGGUGCCGAUCAACGCCCGCGACGAGGCUCUCAACGCACUCGUGGCGCUGUUGGCCGACGCCAACGCGGUGCCGGAGCACCUCUGGCCACUCACGUUUGCGGACGCCUUGCAGUCCGCCGACGCAGCGACGGUACUAAGAGCACUGCCAGCGCUUCGCAAGCUACGUGCCCGCGAGGACGAUCAUAACGUUACGGCCAACGUUUUCCAUGUCAUGGCGCUGCCGCCGACGACGCCCGUUGAAGCCUAUAUCAGUGACGUGCGCAAUCUUCGCGAGACCUUUGGCCUGUGGGCACGCAACAUUGUCACGCUUAACAUCGAUAUCGAGGAGGACCCGAGCGAUCAACGCGACUUGGCGGCGGCGCUAAUGGCGUGCCCGAAGCUCGAGGCGCUCGCCAUCGAGUGGUUCAGCGAGAUCAAUGCCGAGCAGCUGGACACUUUUCACGCGAGGCUGCCAAAGCCUUGGCAACACGCGCUGCGUACGACAUCAACACUCGGAACGACCAAGCUCGCGUUCGCAUCGAGCGUCCUGGACGCGCUUCUCGAUCCGUCGUCGCCACCAGUGCCUCGCCAGCUCCACACCUUGACGCUAUCGCCGCAGGACACGUGGGUCGACGAGACGUAUGCCAGCGACAAGCUGGCGUCGUCGGCGGUCUCGCGCAUGACGCUUGGCUACGAUGACUGCUACGUGACACCGAUCAUGACGGCGUUGCCGCCAACACUGCUGUACCUCACGGUCAGCUAUGCCACGAUGACGCGCUUUCCUCUGCUGCCACAGCUCCAGCACCUCAAGCUAGAGGGCGUGACGUUGAGCUCGAACGCAGUGGCCGAUCUCACGUCGUGGCUCGCCUCUUCGCCUUCGCUUCUCCGACUCGACCUGAACCAUUUGGCGCUGCCCGACGACCAGCUCCAAAGCAUUCUCGAUAUACUCCCGCCCUGGCUAAGUCGCCAGAAAAGUAUGUGCUGCGUGCGUCUCACAGUCACAGAGGCGACGGCGAUGGUCCUCGCACGCACAAUUGUCGAGAUGCGCAACACCCACGAGAUGUCGCGGGUCUCAACAAAGCGAAGGUCCAAGCUGUGA